AUGACCUUGUCAACCUCCUUUCUCGUGGCAACUUACCUUCUCUCAAUUACCAACUCGGUCCACGCCCAACUCACAGGAUCUGUUGGACCCUUGACUUCCGUCUCAGACAAGGCCGCCGUCAAGACGUGCAAUGUCCUGGACUACGGAGCCAGCUCAGAUAACACCACCGACGUGGGACAACCCAUUAUCGACGCUUUUGCUGACUGCGGUAGCGGCGGUCUCAUUUACGUCCCUGAGGGUGACUAUCUCUUGAAAAAUUGGGUCUCCUUGGAGAAUGGGUCUGCUUGGGCUAUCCAGCUCGAUGGCGUCCUCUACCGCGACUCGUCGCCUUCCUCCCAGUCAUACAUGUUCGAGAUAAGCGGUGGCAGUGACUUUGAGCUCUUUAGUUCAAACGCAACGGGUGCUAUUCAGGGUAGCGGUUACCUUUACCACCGUGAUGAUACUUACACCGGUCCCCGGAUGCUGCACAUUUCCGAUGUGUCGGAUUGGUCCGUCCAUGACCUGGUAUUGGUCGACUCGCCCAUGUUCCACUUCGUCAUUGACGGCGGCUACAAUGGAGAAGUGUACAAUAUGGCUAUCCGCGGUGCCGACCACGGUGGUCUGGACGGUAUCGAUGUGUAUGGUGACAAUAUGUGGAUUCACGAUAUUAUGGUCACCAACAAAGACGAAUGUGUCACAACCAAGACCAACUCCCACAACUUCCUGAUCGAGAACAUCUACUGCAACUCCAGUGGCGGAUGUGCCAUCGGAUCCCUCGGUUCCGGCGCCAACGUCAGCAACAUUGUCUACCGCAAUGUCUACACCUGGGACUCGAACCAGAUGAUGAUGAUCAAGAGCAAUGGUGGCUCGGGCGAUGUAUCCAACGUCGUUUUUGAGAACUUCAUUGGCCACGGAAACGCCUACUCCCUCGACCUCGACAGCUACUGGAGCAGCAUGGAUGCAAUCGACGGUGACGGCAUCAACUACCACAACAUUACAUUUCAGAACUGGACGGGAACCGCCGUCGAUGGCGAAACCCGGCCGCCUAUCCGGGUCAUCUGCCCUGAAGACACUCCUUGCACCGAGAUCAACCUCGUCCAGAUCGACCUGUGGGUUGAGGAAGGUGCUUACGAUGAGUAUGUCUGCAAGAAUGCCUACGGAUCCGGCUACUGCCUCGACUCUGCCACUGGCACUUCGACUCCUUACACUACAACUACUUAUGUGAACACUGCUCCGACGGGAUACGAGGCCCCCACUAUGACUGAUGAUUUGACCACCGCGUUUGGCACGUCGGCUUCAAUCCCGAUUCCUACCAUUCCGGCGUCGUUCUUCCCUGGUGUGGCGCCGAUUAGCGCCUUGGCUGGGAGUUCUUAA